AUGGCCUCGCAGGGGGUCCCAGUUCCGGCCGAUCUCGAACUCGAAAACGGCAAUUCUCCUGUCGACAAUUCGCCCGACUCGAACCCCUCACAAUCUUCCCCACCAGCCGUGGCGGCUAACCCUUCCGCGCCAACUUUGGACAACGACCGCACGCCGGCCGCUGGCGAAGGGAUCAGUUUCGCCGACGAACUGCGUCAGAUCGAGGCAACGGUCGGAGCCCAACACCACCACGGUGGCGAUGACAGCGGCGCCAGCGGCGAUUCAUCACCGAAUUCAGGAGGACCGGCAGGAGAUUCGAAAGGAACCGAUGACAACCGGAAUGUUCGAGGAGAGCCCGUCGACGUAAACGAGAACGUUUCACCAAUCGAGCAGCGGGCACCAGACCUGAAGAAAGUACCUUCUGAGGAAUCGGACUCACUUUCGCCGUCCACUGCCUCUUGUACAGAGUCGACCAGUGUCGAUAGUCAGAGGGUGAAGGCGGACGGAGGGAACGGAGACGACCUUACGCCGAAACAAGAAACCCGUCCGAGCGAGAGCAAGAAACAACAUACGCGCGCCCCUUCCAUGACAGUUAGUGAUGUGGAAAAAAUCGACAGUGAGAAACGAAAUGGGAACGGCAGGGUGAGCAUGACCGAAAAGUCCGAGAGCCUCGAAGUACAGCCGAGCUCUUCGAGGGAGCCGUCCCUCGACGCAGACAUCCCGAACAACGUUGUCGCUGAGCACGAAGCGCCGUCUCCAGCGCCGUCUUCCCACAACGUAAACGUCAACGCCAGCAACAAUAACAAUAUCAGCGGUGACGGCGGUAGCAGCAACCAAAACAACAACAUGAGCAAUCACGAAAACAACAACGGGGACCGCGCGAACAACAACGAAGAGGAAUCCGCGGGCCAGGCGGGACCCCCGGCGCCGGUGGUGACCGCUUCGUCUACAGCGGCUCCGGAUCGGAAAGAGAGCAUCAUUUCCCUAAGUGACCUUCCGCUCCCCGAUUUGACCGACGACGAGGCUUCGAAAGCUCGACGAGAUUCGCGUGAUCAGGAGAAUCCAAAUAUGGGGCCGGAGAUUACCUUCCGGAAAGCCAGUAGCGCCGCCGGGGAUGGUUCCAGACGAGAGUCCCGGGCUGGCGAAGUAGGAGGAGCUCUUGAAGACGGGGGUGCGGUCACUACGUUGCUUUCCAGCUCUGCCGCAAUCGUCGAGAGCGUGGCCAUAGACAAUGCUGCCGUGGACCAGCCCACCACGGCGGGGACGACGGCGACGGUUGCAGAUUCCGAGGGGUCCCCGACCAGCGCCACCAGUGCUCUGGCACAAUUGCUCUCGAGUUCAACUCUAAUAGCCGAAUCGGUAGCGCUUCCCGAACCUGUGGCGGAAGACAUUGUGGCUGCGGCGGUAGCCGCCGUCGCCACGAGCGCCGACGACGAGGUUGACGGCGUCGACGGCAUCCAGCCGGGACACCCCGCAUCCGAAGGUGCCAUUUCAGCUCUGCUGAGAAACACCGCUUUGUUAGCUGAGAGUGUAGUCGUACCUGAAGCUCUAGAAAAAGAGGACAGCGAACCGCAGUCAACGCAGAAGAGCGACGUAUCGAGAGACGUCACCGAGACAGCUCAACGAAUCGUUGAGCGCACGUGCGAUGCGGCCGCUGACCAAGCGGCCUCGAUUCUGGCGUCUGACGCUGCAGCGCCGAUUCCUGAACCAGAAUACGAUUUCGGCGAAGCCCUGGAGAACUUGCGAGACAUAACACCCAUACCGGACGAAGGGUCAACAGUGCCACCGACGAAAAUACCCGACGGCGACACGAAAGGCGAAUUGAGCAACUGUGAUGAAAAACACAAUGGAGUGAGCUGUGAUAGGAGCGAGGAACUAGACGAAAGUACAAACCAGGGAGUCGGCGGUGCGCAGGGUUCGGACCGCGAGGAGCAUCAACGCCGUCCGUCGGAUUCAGGGUCGAUCGGCAUUUCGUCCAGGAGAACGUCGGCGGUGAAGGUGGCAGGCGCAUCCGCCAUCGACGAAGACGUCGCCGAACCGCUUGCGACUACUUCGGACGGGAAACGCAAGUCUAGUGGAGCACUAUCCAGCAUGUUCUCGACCUUGGGAAGCUCCAUAUCCAAUGCAGGACAGGCGCUCUCGGCCAAAAUCGCAGAAGUCGGUGACGACGUCCAGAGAAAAUCACAGGAAAUCGGUGACAAGGUCGAGCAGGCUGCGGCUUCGACAUCCGACAAGCUUCAACAAAGAGUCGCCGACAUCGAGAACCAAACCCAGAGAGCCGCUGAGGAUCUGAAGCAAGCCGGUGGCGAUUUCGCUACGUCAGUCAAACAGUCCACGUGCGACGCCGCUGAUUCCGUCAAGCAAUCCGUGUCCGACGCCAAAGACACGCUCGCAGAGAAAUCAGCUGAGCUCGCCGAUAGUGUCCAACAAAAAAUUCAGGAAGCGGAGACUGCCGCCAAGGGAACCGCGGCCGAGGCUGCGAGGGCCGCCACAGACGCAGUCGCCAGCGCUUCAGGAGCUGCCACAGAAGCCGCAGAGAGUGUCAAGAAAGCCGCGAAGGAAUCCGCCGAGGAGUGCGAGGACGCGGUGAAACUCGUGGCCGAGACGGCCAAAGCCACGGUGGCCGAGGCAAUCGCCGGAGCACAGGAAGUGGCUGGAAAGGUCGCCGAGGGAGGAAAGAACGCGGCAGAAAGCCUUAAACAACAGCUUGAUGAAAAAGUUAGCAGAAUCACAGACGAGGGUCAGGAACUGGCCACGAACACUGCAACGUCUGUUGGGCAAACGGCUGACAAAGCCGCAGCUGUCGUUGCAGGGGCAGUGCGGGAAGUCGAUAAGAAGCUACAGGACUUAAAGGACACCGUGAGUGAGAAGGAGGAGAGUACAAAGCAACAGGACAAAGUUGAUGACCAGAAGGGAUCCGCCAAGGCUCAUCAGGCAGCCACAGCGGAUGGAGCGGGAGAAGCGGAGCCAGAAAAGAAGGAGGGAGAGGGAGUGGGGAUUUCCCAGGAAACCACGAGGGACGCAGCUCCCGAAGUCCCGACUUCAGCCAAUGUCGGUGAGUCUGUGGGCGACCACGUCGAGAAUAGUGCCACGGCAGCUGCUCCGGAGAGCUCCGGGAGCAAAGCCGUUGACACCGUCGAUAUCAAAUCGAUCGCAAUAGAGCCGAAUAAAACAGCUGAUGACGGUGAAAAACAAAAAGCUGCUGAUGUCAAGGAUGCCGUUGCGGAGAAAAUCGAAGAUAUUCAGGAGGGGACGGUUGAGAUUGCGGACGACAAGAAAUCUGACGCCUCCACCGCGAGUGGAGCGCGAGAAAUAGGAAACAAGGGACAACACGAUGACGGAGGAAAGCCCCGAUCAUCGUCUGGAGAUAUUGUUCCGACUGGAGUGGGAGAUAAGGCUAGCGCCGGACAAGACGGUGGGGCAUCCGUCGCUCCCGAAAAAACUUCAGGCGCAUGUGCUGCGAAACGGGAAAGUCUGCGUCCGGAGCCAGAAGCCGACCAAGCUCACGGUCUUGAGGAUGACGGGAAGAAGCCGAAGGCUGCCAGCUACGUUGCUGUUGCGGAAACAAUGGAAUCUGCCAAAGAGACCAUCAGCGAGACUUCGAUAACGCCUGGAAAUCUAGAUCACCCCAAAACGAGCGACUCCAGAGGAACCCCCGAUGCGGGACAGGUAGCCGUCGUGGGAGACCCUGCGGAGACUCCUCGAAAAAUGUCUGUCGUCAAAGACGGCGCGGACUCUUCGCAGGUAUCACUGACCGCCGCCGCAUCCGCCGCGAAAAUCGGGGAUUCCCUUGCUGAUGUCGCUCAGACUCGGGAAUCGGAGAUCGUCGCAUCCGACGCCGAACCCCAAACGGAGGACAUCGGAGCGACGCUCGAAGGUCAAAGAGUCACCAGAUCCGAUAGUGUUGCAUCACAACCCACAGUAGAUUGUGGUCGUAAACAGAGCAAAUGCGAAGUUGAUUCUGAUCUUGAGGCGUCGGUGAGGCAUCAGCUGUACACUGGGCCCGAAGAACUAACUCGCGCCGACACCGGGUCGAAGAGCACCGAUAACUCGGAGGCUCUCCCACGGAAAUCGGUGGACGAAGCUAUACUGGUUCCAAGUCAUGCUCCCAGCCUGACGGCCGGAGCCACCGAUUCGGCUUCUGCCGUCGCUAGGAACGAUUCUUCGACAACUGUUCCACCUGUCGAAGCCAGCACAAACAAUGUGGGUACCGGCGCUGCUGAGGAGGGUACGCUGCUCAAGAGAUCCGCAGAGUUGUCAUCCCUCAACAGACCCCUUCAAACUUCACCGAAUCAACCCACGGCUUCGUCGCAGAACGAGGAAAUGAAAACUGAUUCCGCACCGGGCGUCGUCGACGAGACAGAGUUACAGGCAGAUUCCGAUGCAACAGUGGAGACUGAAGUCGGUUCUCAGGUUAGCGUCGCUCAGGAUGGAAUGCAGGCGUCUCAAAGCGAAGGAGAGCUGGAGAACGAGUCCGAACCCGCGGACAGCGAUGCUGAUCGUCGUGGCUCCGUCGAAACUCAAAUCGAGCAAACAUCUGCAAAGGAAUCGAGGGACUCGGCGAUUCUAGAGAAAGACGUGGAUUCGACGAAGGAAGAAUCUGGGCUUGAUCGAGACAUGGACGACGCUGCUGGACCCGGAGGAUGCCAAGCCGCUACUUCUUCUUCGGAUGUCGACGAGGCAGGCGACGGCACCACAAGCACUGCUGAGGAAGCUUCUGCCGACCGAGCACGAGCGGCCCCUGCAGAAAAUUCGCCGGAAACUAAAGCGGCAGCGGAGCCGGACUCGAUGGUGGGAGACGCUAAUGAGUCGACAGCACAAGGUGCCGAAGAGGAGGCGACAGCCAACGACGCCGAGUGCGGGGAAAGAAAAAUAGAAGCAGAAGGUGCAGCAGAAGAAUCCGCCAAACAAUCACUCUCUACCGAGGAGGAAGCGGCGGCAGGGUCUGAAACGCUUGACAAAGAAUCUGCCGCCGAGACCUCUGUCGAGGAAGCUGAGGAGGCUCUCGAUCACACCGCGGCAGGCGAGAAACCCGGGGACUCAGAAGGCCCGGGCACGGACGAACUCCCAAACGCUGAUCAAGCCGAAGGGAGGCGGCGGCCCUCUGAGGAAGCGGCUGGAGACCCGGAAGGUGAUGUUGAAAAAGUUGAGAGUGUCGCCGAUCAGCUGACCUCGGACCAGCCGGCUGAAGAGGGAGCCGCAGCCCAAGAGUGUCCUUCCGCAGCCGAAGCUGAAGUCGAUUCCGGACUGGCGGCAGAUGCUCCGGCAGAAACUGCAGACGCGAUUGAGGAUUCCGCUGUCGAGACGAAAGACGAGGUUCCGGCCGACGAAGGCGGUGAAGGAGCUGGAGUAGCUGCCGGAGUAGAGGAAGAAUCAAUUGAGCCCGCGACAGAGACAGGAAUCGGAGUAGCAGAAGAUUCGGAUCAACCCGAGCCCGAUACUGCGUCCGUUCCAACGGAAGGAAGAGCUGAAGUUGGAGACGACGAAGUUGGGCCCGAAGCGUCAGAGAAGACCGCGGAAUCUGGAGCAGUCAAGACUGCCGGAGGGGCCGUGGAUGUCGACGGCGAAGAAAAGACCGAAGCGGAGGAGAGACCAGUCGCUGUCGACGAGCCAGUCGCCGGAGAGUCAGAGACCGAAGCCGACCCGCCAGCCUCAGGAGAACUAGGGGCCGAGGUCGAACCAGCGGAGGGUACAGCUGCAGAAGAGGAUAUGACGGCAGCCGAGACUGAAGCUGGGGCUGAAGAAGAAACCUCAACCGCUGCCGCCGCCGAAGACGCAGAACAAGUCACAGAAGACAUCAUCACAGCCGAUAGUGCGGCUGAAACGUCGGCGACAGAGAGAGCUGAAGAUGAAUCAGAGAAAAAAGAUGCCGAACACGACAAAUCCGAAGAGAAGAGCGAUAAAAAGAAAGAUGCUGCCAAGAGCCCGAAACCCAAGAGGAAAGCUCGCUCACCUGAGAAGAAGGUGAAGAAAGCCCCAAAAGCGGACGAUGCCAAGGUCUCAACAGUGGCCGCCAAGAAGUCGAUGGAUAACAAGAGACCAUCGUCGCCGAAAAAAAGCCCCGUGAAGAAGGCUGAUGACUCCAAAUCGACCAAGAGCUCAUCGAAACCCGGAUCACCGAAGAAGAUCACCAAAAAACGUGCCACAUCGGCAUCAGUCGAGAAGAAAGACAAGAGAGAGCACGGAGUUGAAAAAGCCUCCAGAGACAUGAGCACUUCGGAGAAGGCCACUGUUAAGAAAUCAGCUUCGCCGUUCAGCACCGUCAAGCCUAGGGUCGACUCGCACCUCAAAGAAACUAAAGCCAGCUCUAUUCGCCGGGAACUCGUUCUCAAGUUGGAUCCUUCGCGCGCGAGCGGGGAGAGCAAGAGCGAAGUUAACACUCCCAUGAACCGCCCUCAGUCUCCCACGAAGAAAAAGCGAUCCAAGGAAGCACCUGAAAUAGGUGCCACCAAGAAGAAAACCGUUCCAUCCAAACGCGCGAAAAGCGCCGCUCCGUCCGCAUACAGACGUUUCAUGCAGCAGACUAAUUCAGAAACGGUCUCUUCGAUGCCCACCAAAACGAAGAUGAAGAAAUCUCCCAGCGCCGAUCUCGACGCUGUCAAAAAGUCUAAGCUUCAUGGCAAGAGCAACAAAACGGCAGCGAGCAAAGAGAACUCGGACGCUCUUACCGGAAUGCCCAAAUCCACAUCAUGUAACUCGGAUCUUGCCACAAAAGUCAACGUAAACUCAACAACCGUCAACACGACCUCAGCGAAAAGAACUAAGUCUCCCAGCAAACAGGUCGUCCGUCCCCCCUGGACUAACUACUUUAGCUAA